GGGACGUGUUUGUUGAGGGUUGUUCCCUGAGCCGUGGUUUGCUCCGAGCUCUUGUUUCCGUCCGGACGUCCUUUCCGUGACACCGGGGCCUGAUUAUUCAGCGGACCCCGCCGCUGCCGGGAGUCCCGGGGCCGGAGCCGAGGGUGAGGCCGGGGCCUGGGCCUGGGCCUGGGCCGCAUCUCCGAACCGUACAGCCUGGGGCUCUCGCCGCGUUCAACAACUGCGACUCGCGACCGUUUGCUCGGGACACCCUCUGGGGCAACCCCCUCCCCCGGGACACCCUGGGAGUCACCCCCUACUUCCUCCUUUACUGGGAUAUGCCCCACCCCACUUCCCCGUGUUCCUUGUUUCUUUGUAACCCUCUUCACUGAGUUAAACCCCUCUGGGGUACCCCUCCUCCAGACAUGCUCCCAGCCCACUAGAUAAUCCCCUAAGUCUCCUCCACCCCACCCACCCCCACGUCUUCUUACUCCUUGCCUGGCUUUCUCAUCCUUUUAGAGAUUUUAAAAAAACUGCAGAUGCUGGAAUCCAAGGUAAACAAACAGGAGGCUGGAAGAACACAGCAGGCCCGGGUAUUACCCUUCUUCAGGACUUCAGUCUGUCCUUCCAGCCUCCUGUUUGUCUGCUAUUCUCAUCCCUUUGCCUGUCUGUCACACCAUGACCCUGUUUGGGGGAUAGGAGUUAUUAGGUGAGGGGUAUCUGGUAAGCACUGCAGUGCUCAUGGUUCUGAGGGGAUGUGGGGCUAAAAGGAUUCAUUCUGAUGGGCGACUACACCCACCACACGGGUUGGAAAUCCACGUGUAAAAGUGCAGUGAGGACACAAUCCAUGGAGCCCAGUAAAGUGAGGAAGUGGGCAAGUCGGAAACGGCCCCAUAUGGAGCAUAUGGUGGACCUCUCUGUGAGCUCAGUGAGCCUCCCCGUUCCUGAUGAGAUCAAGAAACUUUUCAACAAGAGAUUCACCUUUGAGAAGCUCACUGACCAACCCUGGUGUCUACCUGACAUUGAGGGAGUUUGUACAAGGGAGUCCAAGAGGCUGCAGGCUCUGAAAGAGUCUCUCAAUGAUGUGAAGAAUGAGCUGAGUGACAAGGAACUGGAGAAGUGGCAUGAGCACACUGCCUUUACCAACCGAGCAGGGAAGGUCAUCCCGGUGGUACGGAGCACCGUGAAUGCUGAGUUGUGCACGCAGGCCUGGUGCAAGUUUCACGAGAUCUUGUGCACGUUUUCCUUGCUCCCACUUGAGGCGCUCCAGAAUGGGGAGCUGAACUCUGUCCACCUUUGUGAGGCCCCUGGCGCGUUCAUUGCCAGUCUGAACCACUACCUCAAGUCUAAUCGUAUCCCAUGUGACUGGAAUUGGAUCGCCAAUACCCUCAACCCCUACUACGAAGGCAAUGACACUGGCAUGAUGAUAAUGGACGACCGGCUCAUUGCUGCGACACUGCCCUGGUGGUACUUUGGCCCUGAUAACACUGGGGACAUCAUGGCCCAUGACUGCCUUCAGGGGUUAAAGGAAUUAACCCAGAACGUGAAGGUCCACCUGGUGACGGCAGACGGGAGCUUUGAUUGCCAGGAUAACCCCGGAGAGCAGGAAACGCUGGUAUCUCCCUUGCACUACUGUGAGACUAUUGCUGCCUUGACGCUCCUCAGCCCAAAGGGCUCCUUUGUGUUGAAGAUGUUCACCCUGUUUGAGCGCUCCUCUGUCUGCCUGCUUUACCUGCUCAACUGCUGUUUUUGCGAAGUCAGUGUCUUUAAGCCAGGCACCAGCAAGUCGGGAAAUUCUGAAGUCUAUGUGGUCUGCCUCGGAUUCAAGGGCAAGGAUGCUCUGGGAAAGCACCUUGACCAGCUGGAGAUGAGCUUUGGGCCGGAUGUCGUCCAGAAGGCUGACUUUGUCUGGGCUGCUGUCCCGGAGUCCUUCUUAAAGCAGCUGGAGGAAUGCUGCUUUUUCUUUCACAAGUGUCAGACCGCCACUAUCAGGGAGAACCUUCGGCUGUUUGGGAACAUGGAUGAGGAAGAGGUCAGGGAGCUGGAGGAGAAGCGGGACUGCGCUGCUGACUUUUACCUGCGGCGAUUCCGAUUGCGUCGCCUGGCCCGGGAUGACUGGUUGGUGAAGAGGUCGCAGGCUGGCUGGAGCUUGACUGGCCGACUGUGUGCGCACAAGAAGAAGAAACUGCACUCCGGCUCGUACAAUGACAGGAUGGACCUGGCCAGCCUAGCCUGGCGAGAAAGGAUGUGCAAGGGCCUUCUCGGCCCUGAGGUGGAUCAGCACUGCCCUGCCAGCCGGGGGGCUGAUUGCACCCUGAGGGACGCACAAGGUUGUGCUGACUGCCAGUCCUGGUACAUCUUGGAAGGCAGGAGGCUGAGCAGGCUGGUCAGCUCUCCGUUCUGCGAUGUGGAGCUCCAGCGGAAUAUGGAGGAGGCCAUGCUGGAAUGCGGGGCAGCACGUGGCACAGUUACGCCCCCUUGUGACUCCUGCACUGUCUAUACUGAAGAGCUGGUGCUGUCUGAACUCACCGCCCUGCUGGCAGAGCAGAAGUGGGUAUUCUGUGCCCACCGUGGUUGGCCAGUGGAUUGCCUUGUGAUGACGAGGCUGCAGCCCCUCCGAAGCCCAAAGCAGAUCGGCGGCUUCUAUGUCCGGUACCAGAAGGCUACGUCCCUGCUUCCCACUCGGUGCACCGUCCUUCACGAUGGAGAGCUCUCGUACCAGCAGUGUCUGCUCGAUGAUGUGAUCCAUGCAGUCAAGGACUGUAAAGACGGUGGUGCGCUCGUCCUCCCCAUCCUCUCGUCCUUCACCCGCUUUACAGCUGGCCUGAUAUUUGUGCUGCAGCACUGCUUCCGAGCGCUGGACUUUGUUUGCCCCACCUCGUCGGAUGCCCUUGGAACCCUCGCUGUGUUGCUGUGUGCUGGCUUUUGUCGCCCGACCACUGAGGUCACGGCGUUCCUGGCGAUGCUGAGUGACCACAUGUGUCAGCUCCGGGAAUGCGAGCCUGAUCAGCCGCUGCAGGUCCUGCAGUUUGUGCCGAUGGAGCUGCUGCUCAGGGGAAACCUGCCGAGGUUCCUUGACAUGCUGAAUACUGCCAUCACAAAACAGAGGCUUCACCUGCUCGUCCAGAGCACGAAAUAAACCAGCACUAUCCAGUUCGUAGGCUGGAGCUGUCUGGUAUUGUCCUGUCACUGGUGUCACAGCCAGCACUGUCCAGUUCCUAGGCAGGACUGACGGACAUGCCAGUGUUUGCAGCCAUUCAAUAGCUCUCAAGGAUCGACAGUCCCCUUGAAGAGCUCAAUCAGCUCUGUAAGAGCAGUGCAUGGAGUAAGCACCAGAUAUACUCCAUCGAGGUUCAUCCCUCUGAUCUCUGAAUGUAGUCACUGCUCCAAGUGAGAGACUCACACAACCAGCUGAAGUGCCGGGGAAAGUUGGAGCAUUCUCACUUUGAAACUGUGAUUAGUUUGGUGCCUUGCAGUCACAUAGGGAAACCUGCUGUGGCAAGUUGCUGACAGCGCCAUCUGUGGACACUGUUCUGCAGUGAUGGUGAUGGAGUUGAAUGAUUGUUGAUGGAGUUGAAGCUCAUUUAGAUCAUUCUUUCCCACUGGGCUGUUCACAUUUUAAAUACCAGCCUGCCAGAAAGCUCCGAUGCAGCCUGUGUGAAGGGUUUAUACCAGAGAUUCCCUCUGACCUUACCAGCCACAUCAUCACUGUUUGACACAGUACACUUUAUAAAAUUAAUUCUGAGAUUAUUGCUGAGACGCUAGUCCAUAGCUGUCAGUUUUUGUUUAAAUGCAGCUUGAGAGAUUCAUUGCUGCCUUCCCUUUUGUCUUAUUUUCCUGCCUUUGAUUCCUUUGCUUCUGUUGUAAUGGGUUCGGGCUUUCCGCUAUAUCAUAGCAAGAGUAAAGGUGCACCAUGAGUAUAUAGAAAUCCUGGCACCAUUCACACAAACAGGACAUCUGAUAGUGGUGGGAUUACUGCCUCUUUGGGCAUCAGGUGUUGUGUUUUGGGCCCAGUGUGCAAGAGAAACCUGGUGACUGCUAUGAAUUGUAUAUUGCUGGUGGGGUUGAGAGGGAGAGAGAGCUGUGUUGUUUCCCCUUCCCUGUGGAUGCUCAAUUCCCCACUACCAACAAUUUGUCAAAAUCUCUAACCACAGAUGUUGUGGACUCUGAUUUAAAAUUUGGUUGCCCAUAAGGCCAGGUCGCCAGGCUCACCAAGGUCACGUAGAGACCAGUGAGUUGGAAUUGGCCUGUUUGCCACCCACGUUACGUCUGACUGCAUUUCAAAUGAAUGUUCCUCACUGCCUAGUAUCCCCGUCUUUCAGCAUUUGCUGCUAGCUUGCUCUUGUGGCCGUUUAUUGAGGCUGCUCCUUCCUGGGUGACAGAGCAUGUUACAUGUCACUGCCAGCUGGUGAACUGGACUGCACAUUGUUUGUUUGUGUUCCCUGUCCAUUCCUCUCCUCUUCCCUCCUUGCUGCCCAUCCUUUCUACUUGCCUGCUGUACGUCCAUUGUAAAGCUGCCAUCUUCUAAAACGAUGUCCUUUGGACAAAACAAAAAUGACAACCCUCUGGGUCGAAUGGCCUGCUCGGAACUCACUGUUCUUCAAGGCAUUCACAGCUCUCUCCCUCCAGCAGCUUGCAACUCUGAACAGGUUUCUGUCAUACACUGGGCCCAAAACACAGCACUCUGCCCAAAGUGGCAGUAAUCCCACCACUGUCAGAGGUUGUGUUUGUGGAACUGCAGCAUGAUGAGAGAGAACGGGACAAUGAUGAAGAAGCAUUUUAAAGCCUGUGUAUGACAGAUGAGCAGUGUACUGAUCUGUUGUCGACUGUUCCUUUGGUUUGUGUGAAUUAAAAUGAAGAAUACCUUAAGUAACUGAUGAGUUACCACUGGCUGUCUGCACAUCUGCUUCACUAGUUGCAAUUUCCAGGCCUUUUUGAUGGUGUUGACUUUCCACAAGUUACGCUGUCGUAAGCACCAGCUGACAAACCCAGCACCUCGCUCUUCCAGCACCUGAGCCACAUGUCUGUCACACAGUGUCAAACAUAUUCGUGAUCAGAUUUUGUUUUUGUUUUAAACUCCAAUCUUUGGGUUCAGUGCUGAGAAGGUGAGAAUCACAUGCACACAUCUCAGGGAUAUAGGUCCUGCUGACCAUUGCUUCUUGUAAGGGAAUUACUUCACGUUCUUGUUUUCAAAUACAGAGACAAUACAGAACAAGAGUGAACUGCUGCAUUUAAAUUCUUUGUGUGUAUAAAUUGUAUAUUUUAGAGUGAAAGUAUUUUUGUGUUCUGAUCCCAUCAUAAUACGUUUGGAACAGUUGGUGUCCGGUCACAACAGACAACAUAGAAGGGUAAGCCAAGGUGCACUGUUUAGAUCUCUGCAGCAUCUUUGAGUCACGACUGCAUCUGAUUCCUGAUUUUUGAAUUGCUAACGCUGGUGAACCUGUAAUAGCUCUGUCAGUGAUGAGCUGGGGUUCUGAAUUUAUUAGCUGGUUAUUUUGUAGCUGAAUAACAAACUUAUCGUUAUUUGAUGGAUUUGGAGGCAUCGCAGUUUCUCCCACUGCAGUCCAGAUGUCUCAUGAAGGUUGCCUGAAGGAAUGUGUCAGACACCUUGAAGUCUGAGAUUGUAGGAUGUUGUUUGCCUGAAGUGUAAUGAACUUUGUUCUUUAAUUAAAUCUAGAACAGAUAGAUCAUUCCCAGCAAGUAUGGUGGUAGUAAUGUUCGUCUAAGUAUCCCAGAGACAGGAUACAGGAGGCCAUUCAGGCCAUCAUGUUAAUAUUGGCUUUCAGAACCAAUCAGGUUAGUUUCAGUUCUCUGCUUUUUCCAAUUGCAUUUAAUCUGUUUGCAAACUUAUAGGUUCCUGAAAUUUAAACAGACAAUGUGCCUUUAAAGAAUUCAAUUUUUUUUGAAAACCUUCCCUCCAAAUGGUUAGUUACUGGACCAAAAGCAAUUAUGGGCAUAUAACAGAAUUCAUUGCUUCAAAUGGAAGUGGAAUGGCCUGAAAAAUAAUUUUUUUUAUUUCUGUUCAUUGUAUGAUGCAGGAUUGAAAUUAUGCACUUUGUUUUGUUACAGAGAAAUUGAAAAAUGAAACAACAAUGAAUUGUGACUUUGUUUUGUAUGUGAGUUCAAAUUCGAUAUCUAUUUAGUUAGAAUUUGGAGAUUAUUCCUUGAUUGAAAUCACAUAAGAUCAACAAUUUACAUUUGAGAUAAAUUUCAAAUUUUUUUUUGUUUAGGGAACAAUUAAAGGUCUUUAAACCAAA